GGCGGGCAGGGCGCGGGGCGGGGCGGGGCGGGAGGAGCCGGAGCAGCCGCCCCCUCCCCUCCUCGCCCGGCGCGCCCCGGCCCUCCCCCUGCGCGUCCUCCCGCGGUGGAUGGCGGCGGCCACAACCGGAGCCCAGCCGCGCAGCUCAGACAACAUUCCCAAUUCCUUGUGAAAACCACCAUUGGAUUGCAAAGAUGUGCUCCAUGAAUCCAGGCAACUGGGUCACCUUUGAUGACGAUCUUGCUUUUCAAGCUUCUCAAAGGCCAAAGAGUUUACCUCUGGGGACUCAAGGUGUCUCUAGACCCAAUGGACUGAAGCUGAACCUUUCCGGCCCAAAGGAGUUUCCCAGUGGUUCCUCUUCUACCGGCAGCACCCCUCUCUCCUCUCCCAUUGUAGACUUUUACUUCAGCCCAGGACCUCCAAGUAACUCCCCUCUUUCCACGCCUACCAAAGACUUCCCAGGGUUUCCUGGUAUCCCCAAAGCAGGGACUCACGUGCUUUAUCCCAUACCAGAAGCAUCGUCAAACAGCCCACUCACUACAGAUUCCUCUUUUUUGUCUCCCAAACCAACCUGCUCAUCCCACGCGCUCUUAUCCAGUGACCACACAGAUGCAUCUCCAGCUCCCAAAGCAGGGCUUCCAAGUGAAAUUAGCACUCAUGAGACCGAAAGCCAGAGGUUCCAGGGUGAUGCGCCCCAGUUUCAGUACUUUCGGGAGGACUGUGCUUUUUCUAGUCCAUUUUGGAAAGAUGAAUCCGGUGCUUCCCAGUUCACCCUUGAGGCCCUGGGAAGCAGAAAGACAUUCUCACUGAGAGACAAGGAGACACCUGUUUACCAAAAAAGCCUCAAUAAAUGUUCGCUCAGCUACAUCUGUGAGAAGCUUGAACAUCUCCAGUCCGCUGAGAAUCGGGAGUCAUCACUUGGGAGUGUAUCCACGCGGUGUCUGGACACUGAGGGCCCCGCCUCUGCCUUUGUCCCCCACACGCUCUUCAGGAGCCAGCCCACUUCCGGGUGGUCAUUCAUGCUGAGGAUCCCUGAGAAGAAGAACAUGAUGUCUUCCCGGCAGUGGGGACCGAUCUUUCUGAAAGUUCUACCUGGAGGCAUUUUGCAAAUGUACUAUGAGAAAGGGUUAGAGAGACCUUUCAGAGAGUUGCAGCUCGAUCCGCAUUGUAGGCUUUCGGAACCCAAAGUGGAGAGCUUUAGUGUGGCAGGGAAGAUCCACACGGUGAAGAUUGAGCACGUGUCUUACACAGAAAAAAGGAAAUACCACUCUAAGGCGGAAGUGGUUCAUGAGGCCGACAUAGAGCAGAUGCUGAAGCUGGGCACCACAGAGUACCAUGACUUCCUCGACUUCUUGACCACUGUGGAGGAGGAACUGGUGACGCUGCCAGCCGUGGCCAAACCGAGAAGGAGCUAUGAGGAGCAGGAGAUGACUGUGGAAGUUGUGGACCACUUCUGGGGUAGAGUCACCAGAGAAGAAGGAAAACUGGUUGAAAGUGCAGUGAUAACACAGAUCUCUUGCCUCUGCUUUGUGAAUGGGAAUGCGGAGUGCUUUCUAACCUUGAAUGACCUUGAGCUUCAGAAACUGGAUGAAUCCUACUUUGAAAAAGACACAGAGAGAAGGGGAAUCAAUAUUCUUGACUACCAUUUUCAUAAGUGCGUGAAAGUACAAGAGUUUGAGCAAUCAAGAAUCAUUAAGUUUGCCCCCUUGGAUGCCUGCCGCUUUGAGCUGAUGCGUUUCAAAACCUUGUAUGAUGGGAGCGACCUCCCGUUUUCUGUGAAGUCUGUCGUGGUUGUCCAGGGUGCAUAUGUGGAACUUCAAGCCUUCAUCAACAUGGCCCCACUGGCCCAGAGGCCAUCCCUUGCCAGUCCCUUGCAGUCCUGUGACAGUGUAACAAUACACUUCCCUGUUCCAUCCCAGUGGAUCAAGGCCCUCUGGACCAUGAAUCUCCAAAGGCAGAAGUCCUUGAAAGCCAAAAUGAACCGCCGGGCAUGUCUGGGAAGCUUACAUGAGCUUGAAUCUGAACCCGUCAUUCAGGUCACAGUGGGGUCAGCAAAAUAUGAGAGUGCCUUCCGGGCUGUGGUAUGGAAGAUAGACCGACUUCCAGAUAAAAAUUCAAGUCCUGAUCAUCCCCAUUGUCUGUCCUGCAAACUAGAACUUGGGUCAGACCAGGAGAUUCCCUCUGACUGGUAUUCGUUCGCUACUGUUCAGUUUGUGAUGCUUGACACCUGUGCCUCUGGGACCAUGGUCCGAUCUCUAGGGGUGGAGAGUGAUGUGCAGCCGCAGAAGCAUGUCCAUCAGCGAGCUUGCUACAACAUUCAGGUUGAAAUAGAAAAGAAAAGGAUUAAGAUCGAUGGAGAAGACCCAGAGAAAGCUGGUGACUGCGUAACUCAGUAGCAUAGGAAGAGUCAAGAAUGACUGUGCAUGCGUCAGCUCUGAGCCUCACACAAG